AAACGCAAAAAGAAGAAGACGCUGCCCAAGUGCCCAUCCGCUUGGAUGCGUCUGUGUUCACACUUGCGGUACGGCGCCUUUGCAACUUACCAUCUACAAAAGAAGCAGCCGAUGCCCAAAAUAAUUACGUAUAAAGUGCAAGUUUUUUUAUUUGUCUAGACAUUGUUGGGAACCAUCUUGGUGUGUGUAAGCAUGUGCACGACCUCAUAGCCUUUUCAUUUCUUGGGAGUGAAUGAGUGAGUGUGUGGUCUCUGUGAGACUAUCAAAGCCAGUGAGAGGGGUUGGCAUCAGCCUCACAUUGAGGAGUAUUGUUGUGAAGUGUAUGCAUGUGUGUCAUCAUGGGGGACGUCAUUGACCUGGACAGACAGAUCGAGCAACUCAGACGCUGUGAACUUAUCAAGGAAAAUGAAGUCAAGGCAUUAUGUGCCAAAGCAAGGGAGAUCCUGGUUGAAGAGAGUAAUGUUCAGAGGGUAGAUUCCCCAGUCACAGUAUGUGGUGAUAUACAUGGUCAGUUCUACGAUCUAAAAGAGCUUUUCAGGGUGGGGGGUGAAGUUCCAGAGACAAACUACCUCUUCAUGGGAGACUUUGUGGACAGAGGCUUCUACAGUGUGGAGACGUUUCUGUUGUUGCUAGCAUUAAAGGUGCGAUACCCUGACCGGAUAACACUAAUAAGAGGGAAUCACGAGUCAAGGCAGAUCACCCAAGUCUAUGGCUUUUAUGACGAAUGUCUAAGAAAAUAUGGCUCUGUUACAGUAUGGCGGUACUGCACAGAGAUCUUUGACUACCUGUCUCUCUCUGCCAUUGUUGAUGGCAAGGUAUUCUGUGUGCAUGGUGGCCUUUCUCCAUCCAUUCAAACCUUGGAUCAGAUCAGGACCAUAGACCGAAAACAAGAAGUACCUCAUGAUGGACCUAUGUGUGACCUACUGUGGUCUGACCCAGAGGACACCACAGGGUGGGGUGUAAGUCCACGUGGAGCUGGGUAUCUGUUUGGUAGUGAUGUUGUAGCACAGUUUAAUGCAGCCAAUGAUAUCAGCAUGAUCUGCAGAGCUCAUCAGCUGGUUAUGGAGGGCUACAAGUGGCAUUUCAAUGAGACCGUGUUGACAGUGUGGUCUGCUCCCAAUUACUGUUAUAGGUGCGGUAAUGUGGCAGCCAUCUUGGAACUUGAUGAACAUCUCCAGAGGGAGUUCAUCAUAUUUGAAGCUGCUCCUCAGGAAACCAGAGGCAUCCCCUCAAAGAAACCAGUGGCGGACUACUUUCUUUGACCUUUCAGAUUAGAAGCAUCUGAAAUAGCUUUUAAUUUUUUUAAACUAAAUUUUAUCUGCACAACAUUAAGUACUUCUGUGAAUGGACCAGUUAAGGCAUUUUCUGCCUGUCUCUCAUUUUCUUUCACAUUAUUCCUCACAAACUUGUUUCUUUCAUCUUGUAAAAUGUAAGUAUUGAGACUCUCCCUAAUUGUGUGAUAGUUUUGUAUUUUUGAUCUUUGAUAUUUUUUCCAACUAAACAAUAAAAUGUUUGGAUUUAUAUAUUUGCAUACGAAUAUCUAUGCAAAAAUGGGCAUACUCAUAAAUGUACUUUUUCAAUUUAUGGUUGGGUAAUGAUGCAGAAAAUAAAGUUCUUUACAUUUAAACACCU